CCGGCGCUCUUCGAAAGCUCCACUGCGGAGCCGAGAAAAUAUAUUUAAUUCCCAUUUCAAGUGCAGGAAUUUCAAGUUUGUUUGUUUAAAUUCAAAGUGCAAGUGAGACAUUUCUAACAAAACACAUUCAAAAACGAAGAAAAUUACCAAAAACAAUGAAAUGUUGAGCAAUUAAGGCUGGAUUCUAAGUGCAUAGCUAGAGUGAAUUAAUAAUUUAGUUGAAACAAACAAAGCCAUGGAGAGUGCAGCGAAUUCAGGCGACUCCAAAAAGCCUUUCAAAGUCAAGGACGUAACACGCAACAUCAAGAAGGCUGUCUGCGCCUCCAGUCUGGAGGAGAUUCGCAGCAAGGUGGCGGAGAAGUUCGAGAAGUGCGACCACCUGCCCACCAUCCACCUGGACUCCGAUGGCACGGAGAUCGACGACGAGGAGUACUUCCGCACCCUUGACGAGAACACGGAACUGGUUGCCGUCUUCCCCGGCGAACACUGGAUCGAUCCCACGCACUACGUGACCAUAACCACUCCGCAUGGCAGCGAUGUGGGAACCGGAAACGGAGAUCCUGCCACCGGAGGCGAGGGCGACACCACCGAUGCCAACAACUCGGAGUCGGCUCGCAUCCGCCAGUUGGUGGGCCAGCUGCAGAACAACCUCUGCAACGUGUCCGUGAUGAACGACGCCGACCUGGACUCGCUGUCCAACAUGGAUCCCAAUUCGCUGGUGGACAUCACGGGCAAAGAGUUUAUGGAGCAGCUCAAGGAUGCGGGAAGACCGCUGUGUGCCAAGCGUAAUGCCGAAGAUCGAUUGAAUCUGCUGAAGCUCCUGAAGGCCGGAGCCAUUUUCUGCUCGGAACGCUAUCCGGAGGAUGCGGAGGCCAUCGACCGGGAGAUCGGACGCCAGCUGAACGAGGCGGAGAGCGGACAGAUGAGCACCACCGCGGCCAGCAACACCCGCACCAUCGAGGUGGUGCAGUGCGACAAUCAGAACACGACGAUAACGAUUACGGUGGGCGAGGCCACCUCCACUUGUUCCGCCGCCAAUGGCAUCGCUAACGGAUCCUCAGCAGCCGAGGCGGCGGCCAACGAGGCCAAUGCCAAUCCGAGUAGGAAUCCAAAUGCCAACGGAGACAUCUGACUGCCCAUCUUGGGCAGCCUCAGGUGAAGUCUGCCGGCGGAGGACUAGAGGAGAGAAUGAGAGAUGAGAGGAGGUGAAAAUCAAAAGCGAGAUCCAGGAGGAUAUACCGACGACAUCAGUCCUGCAACAUGGGGUUAACAUACAUCGUAUUUGUAGCAUGUAAUUAGGCAAUGCGAAAUCAGCGAACGAAACGAAGACAAAAUCAAGCGAGAACAAAGUCACGGAGAAUAUGCUUCAUAGUAUCUAAGAGCAAAUGAAAGUUAACGAACAAUACACGUACUAGAAUUAAACACCAAA